AUGGAGCAGGUGAAGGUAGCAUUGCGUGUGAGGCCGCUCUUGCCCACCGAGCGAGAACGCGGUGAAGACGAGAAAAUUUCAGUGCUUCCAGGAGGGAAAAGUGUUCAGGUUGUCGCUCGUGUGAACCGUACCACUCAAAAUCAGGUGCAUACUUUCGACAUGGAUUGCUGUCUUGGUCCGGACGAGAAUCAAAGGGAACUCUUUGCUAAAUUAGGGAUCGCGGAAAUGUGCGAUGCGGUUUUCAAAGGAAGGGCUGCCACGGUGAUGUGCUUUGGGCAAACAGGUAGCGGCAAGACGUACACCAUAAGCGGACACAACGAGGGGAAGGGGAGUGAACAGCUGACAGGGGACGGAAUUCAGCUUACUGCUGCUCGUUAUAUGGCAGCAACGCGUGAUGAACUCAUGGCUGUUAAUAAUGACGUAUCAACGACGAUUACAUUAAGGGUUUCUUAUUUGGAACUAUUCAAUGAACGCAUAAACGACCUUUUGAAUGGGACUGAGGGACUUAAGUGCCGCUGGUCGAGGGAUGCUAAUAGUUUCUUUGUACAAGACUUGAUGCUUGUGGAGUGCUUAAACGCUGAUGACUUUCUUUUGGUUCUACAAGAGGGGCAGCUACGGCGAAAACGGGCCGAGCACCUCUUGAAUGUUGAUAGCAGUCGCUCGCAUGUACUCUUCACGGUGUACGUGGAGGUAUCAGAGGGGGAUAGACCUGCUCGUCACGGCAAGAUAACUUUUGUGGACCUCGCCGGGUCGGAACGCCUGCAAGAUACAGGUAACCAAGCCGAUGACAGCAAAUUCAUCAAUCGAUCCCUCUUUGCUCUCGGGAACGUCGUUGAAAAGCUCUCAAAAAGCCGCACACCAAACCAGCGAGACCAUAUUCCUUAUCGCUCGAGUGUGCUGACGCAGUUACUGAUGGACACUCUUGACGGUGGUUGUCACACGCUUCUGGUGGCAUGUGUGACACCGUCCUCUCGGUUCGUAGAGGAGUCAUUACGCACCAUCUAUUUUGCUCAACGGGCGCGAAGGAUCCGGUCACGGCCGGUGGAACGUGUUGAUGCAACACAGCAAGAAAUUUACGGCUUGAAGGCGGAAAUCCGUCGAUUGCAGGAGGAAAACGCUCUCUUUCGGCGUGUUCUGGGUUUGCCUCAAACAGGUGCCGUCGAUCCGAGUCGUUUGCAAAAGUUAUGUCAAAAAUCACCACGAGUGACGGCGACAUCUUCCCCUGUGCCUGCGCGCGCCGAAAAAACCUCUUUCCCCAGUGGGAGUAACUCUCUCACACGCGCCACUCAACCCAGAGAGGUGGCGUGCAGGAACUCCAACAGUGAACCUGUGCUGCGCCCAACGCCAUUAGACAUUCUGGAACAACUUCCAAGCUCAUCUGAGCUUGCGGCACGGCCACGACCGCUGCCGCUGCAGGGUAAACCAAUGCAGCCGUCUUCGUCAGGAGCGAUAUCCGCCAGGUUUGGUUUUCACGUGGUGCCAAAGCAAAACAAACUCUUCUUCGGAAUGUGA